GACAGAUUUUCCGCUGAGUUGGGCCUCUCUUCCCUACAGUCAUUGCCGGGCGGAGACGAAGGAAGGAAGCAGUAAUUUAAAUGCAUGGCGAACAGUUUGGUGACAGAAUGUCGUUUGGAUGGUUGAUCAUAUUUAAUUAAUUUGAUCGCACACACUAAUAACUUCACCAACCGUGUUUGUGGCAGUUAGCUAGUGUGUCAUACGUAGCUACCAGCCAAGUUAGCCCACAGACUGCAGCAACACAGUGGACUGAUCGGGGCUGAUAGCUCAGCCAGCCAGCCAGAAGUGAGGACAGCUCGGCUCUUUCAGAUAUCUUGUCAUGGAGGACCCAUUUGACAGUGAGCGAGCAUCCCUGCCCAGGAACAUGAUAGAGAACAGUAUGUUUGAGGAGGAACCUGACGUGGUGGACCUGGCUAAAGACUCUACAGCCUUCCCGGCGUUGGAACCAGAUGAGGUGGUGUACGAGCCCCGUAGCUCCCGUCUGCUGGUGCGAGGUCUGGGAGAGAACGACCUGGACGAUGAGGAGGAGGACUAUGAGUCGUCAGCCCGCCUACUCGGCAUGUCCUUCAUUAACAGAAGCUCCACCCACAAUCCUAGCUCCUCCCCUUACAACAGACAGGCUCCACCCAGGUUAUGUUCCUGCCCCUCGGCUCGUAUGCUGGUGGUGGGCGUGUUCAUCUUGGUACUGGUCGCAUCCAUGGCGAUGGCUCUCUACUUCCUGCCUGGCUGUACCUUCACUAAGGCUGGCUGUGGUAAGGCUAACUCCUCCACUCCUAUGGAGCCAUCCUAUCCUAACAGCACCAAUGGGGAGCUGUUUCCCUGGAAUGAGAUCCGACUCCCAGCCAGUGUACGGCCUGUGAACUAUGACCUCUCCUUGACCCCUAACCUGACUUCCAUGACCUUCACUGGCCGCACUGUCAUCAACAUGACAAUACUACACGACACCAAGCGCAUAGUUCUGCACAGCUCUGAACUCAUUAUCACCAAGGCAACCUUCCAGGUUGGAGAGGAUAAGAGUGUUGAGGUGAAGGUGUUGGAGUAUAAACCAUGGCAGCAGAUAGCUGUCAGCUUCCUAGAGGAUCUGAAGGUAGGCCAGGUGUGUGUGUUAACGUUGGACUACGCAGCCAACCUCUCACACACCUAUGACGGCUUCUACAACAGCUCCUACAACGACAAGACUGGAGCCAAGAGGGUCCUAGCUGCCACCCAGUUUGAGCCCCAGGCAGCCAGGAAGGCCUUCCCCUGUUUUGACGAGCCGGCUUUUAAAGCCACUUUCCUGGUCAGGAUCACAAGGGAGCCUGGAUACAUCACUCUGUCCAACAUGCCCCAGGCUAAGACGACUACAUUACCCAGCGGCCUAUUGGAGGAUGAGUUUGAGCAGACUGGCGUUAAUAUGAGCACCUACCUGGUGGCCUUCAUCGUAGCCAACUUCACCAGCAUUACUAGAAACGUCUCCAAUACACUGGUGUCAGUGUACUCUGUGCCAGAGAAGAAGGAACACACACACUAUGCUCUGGACACAGCCUCCACGCUGCUGCACUUCUACAACACCUUCUUUCACAUUGACUACCCUCUGAGGAAACUAGACCUGGUUGCUAUCCCAGACUUUCUGGCAGGGGCGAUGGAGAACUGGGGUCUGAUCACCUUUAGAGAGACCAGCCUGCUGGUGGGAAACCAGUCCUCUCCUCUCGACAAACAACUCAUCGCUAACGUCGUAGCCCACGAGCUCGCUCACCAGUGGUUUGGGAACCUGGUGACGAUGCGUUGGUGGAAUGACCUGUGGCUGAACGAAGGCUUCGCCACCUACUGGCAGUACACGUCCCUAAUGACAGAGUUCCCACAGCUGGACCUAGGCAAUGUGUUCCUGGGGGUGCGCUUUAAGGCCUUGGCCAAAGAUUCUUUAAACUCCUCCCACCCAGUGUCAGUGUCGUCCCAGGUGACCACACCUGAGCAGGUGUCUGAGAUGUUUGACUCUGUCACCUAUGAGAAGGGUGCUUCCCUCCUGCUGAUGUUGAAAACCACUCUGCCAGACGGUCAGUUCAGGAAAGGACUCAUAAAAUACCUGGAUAAAUACAGAGGAUCUAACACUGUUACUGAAGAUCUCUGGAACAGUCUCACCCAGGCCCAGAUGCUUCCCCAGCAGGAGAGUGUGUCAGACAUGAUGAGAACAUGGACGCUGCAAAACGGCUUCCCAUUAGUCACCGUCAGCCGCAAGGGUGGUCACGUGACGCUCACGCAGGAACACUUCCUGCUCUCCGCAGACAACGCCACACACACCUCUAACCUGUGGCAUAUCCCCGUGACGUAUGUGAAUGACAGCUGUAGCUCUGCCCCUUCCUGCAGACAGAUCUUCACGCUGAGAAAUAAGACAGCGACUCUGAAUGUGUCGGACAGUGUGAAGUGGCUGAAGUUCAACUACAUGAACACGGGCUUCUAUAUAGUUCACUAUGGAGACGAGGGCUGGGCCACUCUCAUAGAUGCUCUUAAGACUGAUAUCAACACACUCACACCCCACGACCGCGCUUCACUCAUACACAACAUCUUUGCCCUGUCCAGACUGGGUCGUGUGUCCUUCCGUCAAGUUUUAAAUCUGUUGGACUAUGCCACCAAUGAGACUGAGACUGCUCCUCUGACAGAGGCCCUGUCACAGCUCAGCUCUGUCUACAGACUACUGGACAAGAGACAGGAGCAAAGACUGGUGGCCCGCAUGAAAGUGUACAUUUGGGGUCAUUUUGGCCAACUGAUGGACAGUCAGGACUGGGGAGAGGAGGAGAGUGUGUCCAAACAGGAGCUGAGGUCAGUCCUGCUAGAGAUGGCCUGUAGUCUGGGACGGCAGAACUGUACUGACCAGGCCACCGCCCUCUUCGACCAGUGGACCAACUCCAACCAAACCAAACCGAUCCCAGGUGAUUUGCAGCGAGUGGUGUUCUCUACAGCGGCCCAGUCUGACCUCAGAUGGCUUUCUCUCAUGGAGGCAUACAGUUCCACCACAUAUGACUCUGAGAAACGCAAGAUACUGCAGGCCCUGGCCUCCACACAGGACCCACAAAGCAUCGUAUGGAUUCUGAGCACGGGGCUCGAGGGAGGGAUUAUCCAGACCCAGGAGCUGCCAUUGGUCAUCAGCACCAUGAGUGACGGCUUCGCUGGCCACUUGCUCGUCUGGGACUUUGUCAAAGAGAACUGGGACAGGAUCAUAGAGAAGUUCCCAGUGGGGUCCUAUCCCAUCCAAAGCAUAAUCAAGUCCACUACCUCCCAGUUCUCCACUCAGACACACCUGGAGGAGGUCCAGGGUUUCUUCUCCAAUCUGAAGGAGCGGGGGUCUCAGAUGCGUAGCGUCCAGGAGGCUUUAGAGACCAUCAGACUGAACCAGCUCUGGAUGGACAGGAACCUCCCAACACUCAGAAUAUGGCUCUAACAUGGCUGCUUGGCAACUGUCACUCCCGGCAACCUGCUCCGAGGGGCAUGUUGCCAUGGCAACCACCGUGUUUGCACUAUAGUAGGGCUUGUGUCUCAAAUGACAUCAUAUUCCCCAUAUAGUGGCUACUUUAUUUUUUCACUAUGAUCAAGAGUAGUUCACUAUAUAGGGAACAGGGUCCUAUGAGUUGUAGUAGCCAGCUCAGGGUUGCUCUAGAGAUUGUGUAUCUGACCCCGUAUCAAUCAGACUCUAACUCCUCUCUCUCUAUGCUGUCGACCAAACCUUCACACCGCUUUCAACACAACAGCAUGCCUGGACACACAACAGAGUGUCUAUCUUUCAAACUCAACGUGCUUCACAUUGUAUGGAGGCAACUCACCCCUUCCACCACCCCCUAGUGCUGUAGCAUCCACCUGAGAAAGGACAAGGAAUACAGGAAGAGAACAUGCUGUGUAAUCAGCGCUGGCAACAUGUCAUCAGUAUGUGUCACCUGUGAAACUCUCAUGGCUCAGUGACUAAUUGUGCUCUCUCAGGCCCUGGCCCCAACUCCAGCCUCCACAUGACUGUCCUACUGUCUGGGGGAGGGGGAGAAUGUCUGUUGAAGGCCAGAGUAAGGCUACAGAGCUGACGCACAAUACAAAGGGGUUAGGUGACAGUGUACAGUAGACACGCUCAGCAGGCUACAGCCAGAACGUGUAUAUGUUGAAGAAAAAUACCUUACUGUUUAGAUCAGUGGUGUCCCCCCAAAAAUGUGGGACUAAAAAUGACUAAAACCAAAUUGAAACUGUAAAAAUGCUAAUGGCGCUAUAUUUAUAGCGUUUAUUGACUGUCCAGCUCACUAAUAAUAACAGAAAUGAAAACUAGACAGUCGGGGAGCAUCAAAAAUUCUCAAAAUAAUGGAUAGAGGACUAUUUUUUUUUUGCAGAUUUUGGCACUUUUUAAGUAUUUGUUUUUAAAGAGCGAAUGUGGCCCUCAGGGUAAAAUGAGUUUGAGACACCUGGUUUAAAUGCUCCCAAAGUGAAACUCUACCACAUUUCUACCACUGUCGGUCUGUUAGUUAGACCUCAAGAAGUGUUUUGGUCUGUUGGUAUAAACCAGGGGACAACGUUUGGUUUGGCCCGCAAGGACCACUAGGGGGCCCCCGACUGACUUCCUUUUUUAGGAAGUCAGUCGGGUUCACAACUUACUGUUACGAGAUACCAUAGUAGAAUACAUAAUGUGUCAUUUCAAAAUUUGGUAGUGCCUCAGCAGUUUUCCUCUCGUUAUGUCAGUCACUGACAGUCAAUCAACUAGCCCAUGUCAGCUAACAUCGAUUGCUAGGUAAGUUAGUCUAGCCAGCUAUCUAAACCUUGUAGUAAUCAUAGCCGAAUUACUGACUGGGCAUCCAAGGCCCAGGGGCCCUGACCUCCAGGGGGCCCCUCGUUUAAUUUUGUUAUUCACUCUCACAGAUAUCAUAGGAACAUGGCAUAAGCCAUAGCAGACUGUGUAGAACUGCAGGGAAUUAGCAUUAAAUGUGGCAAAAUGUCUCACCAUCCCAUGGAAAAAUGUGUACAAUCACAUGAAAUUAGUAAUGUUGAAUUGCUGAAAAUCUGCUUUAAAAUAUUGGCAAUCAGAAUGUGUUGUUAGGUGUCAAGUUAUACGGCUACGAUUUGAUUCAUGUUUCAAGAACCUAAAAAGCUAUUGUUUACCUUUUUAAAAAUAUUUCUAAAUAAAUGAUUUCUUUUUUUGGGCUGCAGCUCAUCACUCAGAAUAUAUUUUGGUACACCAAGCCCAAGAGUUUGAGCCCCCCUGGUGUAAACGUUGGGUGAACUAAACACCCCGGCACUUCUGUUGAAGUAACUGUCAUUGUUAUAUUUUGACAGUUAAUGUCAUACAUUCAUGUUUAUCUAACAAUGGUUUCAGUAACUGGCCUGCUGUCUAACUUUAUUCAGAUUGAAGGAGUAUAGUUAAGACCGCUUUCCGCUUUUCCCUUGCAAUCUGUGUCCAGAAUAUUUCACUCUCACAAAUGCUUGUGAAGAUGUAAUGCUACUACUAUCCUUACGUUGCUUUUUGAUCAUGUUUUCUGUGCGUGCAGAUUUUUUCUUUCGUUUUUGAUGUUUGGUUUUGGUUGUAUAUAUGGUGUGUAGUGUGAUGCCUCAGAUGUAUGAGUCCUGGUCAAAUUCUUUUAAUGGUUUUGUUUUUACUAAAGAACAAAGUGUACUGAUGAAUGUGAGGUCACUUCAAGGGCUCAGGAUCUUGUAUGAAACACAGCUAACUGUAGAUCCAUAUUAGGGUUGGGUGGCUGCACCAUGGUUCUUUUCAAUUUAAAUGGUGGUAAUAAUGAAAUCAACAACUUCUUUAAAUAAUAAUGUAAGUUUUUAAAGUACAGGGUUGCCUGAUUGUUUCUGUCUUUUCCAUUUAAGGAGUUUAGUGAGUGACCUAACAGUGUUGCGUCUGUAGACCUGGGUAGUGCAGUUUUAGCUGUGUCUGUAGUCCAACAGUCUUCUGUCGUUGGUUAGCCUGGCUUAGUGGGCUAGGUUACGUUGUCUCACUAUGUGCGAGCUCUAUGGUACUCCGAUGUCUAUUGUAGCCCUGUUGUUUUCAACUCUGUGUGGAAGAUGAUUGUAUCAGCCUCCCGUCUGACUCUGGGUAGAAGAUGAUUGUAUCAGCCUUCCGUCUGACUCUGGGUAGAAGUUCCCUGUAGGAACAGAUCUAUGAUCAGUUACACAACAAUUCAGACCUUAAUCAAAUAUAAAACUGACCUUGGAUCAGUGUCUAGGGCACAGUUAAAUGAGGAGGACGGGCUUCUGGUAAUGGCUGGACCAGAAUAAUGGUAUCAAAUGUAUCGAACACAGCUUCCAUGUGUUUUGAUGCCAUUCCAAUUCCUCCGUACCAACCAUUAUUUUGAGCCGUCCUCUCCUCAGCAGCCUCCACUGGUCUAGAGGUAACUACCUCCUCUCUGCUGCAGCAGCAUUGGCUCAGAUGUUGGCAACCACUGAAUGUCCUCAAGGAGCUCUUCUAUUACAUAACAACAUGACAAAUGAAUAUCUGAGCUUCUAAUGUAGCUUCUCUUCUAAUCUAAAGCCUCAGAGGUCUGUAGCUAUGUCUCCUGUUUGGUACUGUCUCAAUCUGAAGGAGGGUUUACUUCUCACUCUGAAUGUUGUGAUGUCAUGUUGAAAACAUUUGAACAGCUAGGUCGUAUUGGCCGUUAUGAUAUGUCUAUUAUGAAAUCUAUCUUGGGUGCAGAAUUGUCAGUGUAUUCCUAUGCCAAGUCCACCUCGAUUGUUGCUCAUCAUUUUAAACUGUUUUGCACUGGGGUUGAAUGAUGCUGAAUAUUGUCAGGCUCUUCAUGUCAUGAAAAAAAAGACGAAUAAAAUGUUUUCUGGA